GUGAAAAAUUGAGGGCAGACCCACUGCUCUCGUCUUACGACAGUCAUGUCAACUGAAUUUGUGGACCCACAGAAAUCUGCCUCAGCGCAGUUUCCGAGCUGCGACAAUAAAAUGGACCUUCUCAUAGAAGAAAUAAUUAACCUAAUUCGGGAUGCUACCUGCAGUUUCCCUUCAAACCUGAAUCGAUUUCUGGAGCACGACACGCUCAGGUCACCCUCUUCAAAGGGCCGUCACAGACAUCCUUUGGGCGUGGAUUCACGUGCUGGCGGCCACGAGCGUGAGAUCUACGCACCGGGGGACGAGGCGGUAGCUCGUGCAGAAUAUACCCAAGUGCUAGCCAAAGAAUGGUUCACGAAAAGCGCUGCAGCAGAGAAGGGUCGAAGCGAAGCGGACACGAGUGCAAUACAAUCGGAACUUAACGCUGCAAGUUCGAGACAGCUCAAUUGGAGAAACGGUGUGCUGAGGCCGAGCGCUCUGCGGAUAAGUAGGUGUGAAGGCCUGCACGAAGGUCGCGAACAAGGAAGCAACGAAGAACGCAGAGACGCGCUCAAGGCAUUUGAUAAAUUUUUGGCAGAAGAAAUAGAUGGAAGUGAGCAGAGUGACUGGACUCGAAGAUGGGCCGCAUCAGUCGACGGUGUCACUUCCUAUAGCAUGAUGAGACAUUUUGAUGGACUGCAAAUUGAUAGAUCAGAAACAGAGGUACCAGGGCUUGUGAACACAAGGAUCAAGAAACUGCCAGUGGUCGUCGGAAAAAAAACGAUGAUACGACUGAAAAAUUUCCGGGCGACUGGACAACUGGACAACUGGGAUAAGCAGGGAAAUAGUACAUCCGCCUAACGAUAGCGUCGUUAUGUAACAGACCGGAGGGCGUGCGUUGCAGAUACAAGGUCACGGUUGCGAUGGACGUCUACACAGGAUUGAAACGGAG